AUGGCCACUCCCUUCACAGACACCGGCGUCAAAGCCGACGACUUCAAGGAGUUCGACUAUGUCGUCGUCGGCGGUGGCACUGCCGGCCUCGCCGUCGCUGCGAGACUGUCCGAGGACUCUUCCGUCACGGUCGGCGUCAUCGAAGCUGGCCUGUGGCGCCCCGAGGACCCCAAGAUCAACUACCCCGCCUUCAUCGGCCAGUCGCUCAUGAACCCCGACUACGACUGGUGCCUCGAGACCGAGCCGCAGCAAUACUCGAACGGGCGCAAGUACACCUGGCCGCGUGGCAAGGUGCUCGGAGGCAGCAGUGCGCUCAACUUCCUCGUCUGGCAGCGCGGCUACAAGGGCGAGUACGACGACAUUCGCAAGCUCGGCAACGAGGGCUGGUCGUGGGACGACUAUGCCACCUUCUCGCGCAAGACAGCGACCCUCGACUAUCCUUCCACCGAACUACAGAAGGCCAACCUGGCUACGUGCGACGAAGAGCUGCACGGCAAGGACGGUCCUAUUCAGACGUCGUACAGCAAGUGGUACACGGAAGCGCAGAAGCCGUGGUUCGACGCACUCAAGAGCCUUGGCGUGUCCAACGUCUCGGAUGGCCUCGGCGGCAGUAACACCGGAUUCUGGGUCUCGCCCGUCACUGUCGACACCAAGACAAGCGUCCGUUCGUACUCGGCCAAUGCCUACUUUGCUCCCAACGCUGACCGCAGCAAUCUCAAAGUGAUCACGGGUGCCCAAGCUUCCAAGAUCAUCUUUGCCGAUGAGAAGUCAGGUAGCGGCGAUCUCGUGGCUUCAGGUGUUGAGUUCACCGUCGACGGUCAGACCUACACGGUCAAAGCGCGCAAGGAGGUCGUCGUGAGUGGUGGCACGGUCAACAGCCCCCAUCUCCUUGAGCUGUCCGGCAUCGGCAAAGCGGACAUCCUCAAGGCUGCCGGAGUCGAGCAGCGCCUCGAGCUCGACGUGGGCGAGAACGUCCAGGACCACAUCUACUGCACCAGCUCGUUCAAGCUCAAGCCUGGCUACAUCACGUGGGACAAGAUGCGCCAGGAUGACUUUGCCAAGGCCGCCAUGGAGCAGUACCACGCUGAAGGAGAGGAUCGCGGCAUCAUCGCCUCCGCCUUCUCCGGCUUCGCCUACGUGCCCCUCAAGCAGUACCUCUCCGCCGACGAAAUUGCCAAGAUCAAGGACGACGUGGCCGCUGUCGACUGGUCGAAGCACUCCAAGGGUGUGCAAGAGACGGUCAAAAUGCAGCUUGCGCGCAUCGAAGAUGAGCAGUGCCCUUUCACGGAGUUCAUCUUUGCUCCUGGCUUCUUCGCCACCGCCUCACCGCCCGCUGACGGCCAGGAGUACUACAGCAUCCUCUCCUGUCUUCAGCAGCCCUUUUCGCGCGGUACCAUCCACAUUGCUAGCGCCGAUGCCAAGCAGCCGCCCAAGAUCAACGCCGACUACUUUAGCGUCGAUGCGGACCUCGAGAUCCUCUCCAAGGCGGUCAAGUACAGCGAGACGAUCAGCACCACUUCCCCGCUCAAGGACAUUACUGUCGCUCGCCAGGACCCGGAUCCGGAAAAGUACAGCUCCGAUGCAGACUUCAGGGAGUUUACCAAGGACCAGUCGGUGACGGAGUACCACCCUAUCGGAAGCUGCUCCAUGAUGCCCAAGGAGAAGGGCGGUGUUGUCGAUGCACGCUUGAAGGUGUAUGGCACGGCCAACGUGAGAGUGGCGGACGCGAGUGUGAUUCCGAUCCAUGUCAGCUCGCACAUUGUGGCCACGGUGUACGCGAUCGGGGAGAAGGCGGCUCAUAUGAUCAAGGAGGAUGCCGCCAAGAAGAACUAG